AUGGCAUCUUUACGGACAUUGACUCAAAAAGUAAGAGAGGCAGCAAGCAGAGUGGUGGUAACUUUUACAUCGACAAAGAAAAUCGCUCUCCUUAGAUCAACAUUUCUGCAACUGAAUAAAUAUUUCCGCAGUGCCAGUGAAGAACUUGCAGAGCUAGAUGACAAUGUUACUGCUCCCCAGGCCAAGCCCACCACCCCUGAACCUGUUAAACAGAAGACAGAAACUACAGCCAAGGUGAACCAGGCAAUUCAGCAAAUGGCCAAGUGUUCUCUAUAUUUACUUUGCAAAGAAGCUCGAAUAGAAAUGGAUCCUCACAAAGAAGUGCAAGCAGUUCUUCUAAAGCCUUGCAUAGACACAGAUCCCACUCUGGUAGGGCUGGUGCAGAAUCAUGUCAACAUCAUAGCUAACUUGGCCACGUUUCCACUAAACAGACCAAAGACUACCACAUCUGAAGAACCCACUGUGGUAGAUGUGGCAGAUUUUAAGAAAAAGCAAAGGAAAGUUAACCACAGUGUAGUGAAAGUAUUGAUAUCAUCUGGAGCACUGUGUCUCAUAGACUUACUUUAUGCCUACACAUCCAAGCUCUUAGAGCCAAAAGUUCUUAAUCAUAGCAGCCCUCCAAAGAGUAAAGGACAGUCUCCCAAUGAACAGAGCAGGGUGAGAGUCAAAGGCACACCUCCAGGCAAGAACAGUGUCCAAGGAAUCAAAAAGACAUCAUCUCUUCUCUUUAAUCCAAGGUGCAAUUUUAAAGAAAUUUAUGAAGAGAGUGAACAAGGACUUAUUAUAUCCCUUAUUUGUGCAAUUAAACAUUUUGCAGAAUGUUCAUCCACAACAUGUUUUAACAGCAUAGAAGAGGAGAUAAAGCUUAAGAUGCUCAACCAUAAAUUAAAAGCCACUUGCAAAGCUAAAGGAUUUCUGAACAAUGCACAAGCUGGAGGUGAGGACCCAGGGUAUCCAACCCAAGCAUGGGGUUCAGUGACUUCCAACAGGCCUUCCAGUAGAGGUCCUAUAGCCAGGCCUCUGACGCCACAACAAACUGCAGAUGUUUUUGGCAGAGUGAAAGAAAAACCAAAAGAUUCUCUGAGAAAAAUGCAGAGACCCAGCACUGCAGAUAAAGUUUGGGAUCCUAAAAACCCUUUUCUCUCCUGCACUCUACAUAGGGACCCCUUAGUUACACUGGAGCAGGAGUAUAAUGAAAGGAUAAAGAGAGAGAUUGACUCCAUGAGAUUGAACACUAGAAAAAUGUUAUUUCAGAGGGGAUGUUUGGAAGCUGUGGGACCAUGGUUAAUUGCAAAUGAAGUUGAAAUUUUGGAACCAGUUGGAGAUAUCUUAAGGUACAUGGUACAGUCAUUAGGAGAGAAGCAUCUGCCUCACCCACCAACAGAUAAGAGAACUGACAGAAUGUCCAGAACUAGACCUGUGUCAGCUACAACACCCAAGGAUCAAGAAGUGGUUCUGAACAAAGCUCUAAAACAGAUGUCAUCUAAGGUUGCUGAAAUGGUUAGAGAAGCACUAGGUCCAAGAACUGCAUUUUCUCCAUUGUCAAAACUCAUUGAACCAUCAGCAAAACUACGGCCAUCAAGUGCAAAGGCAGUAAUGAUGACAGGUGAUUUUAAACACCUAAAUCAGGGCAAGCUCCGAAACAACCAAUUUCAUGGAAGCCAAGUUUUGAUCUUUCCCAAACUGUAG